AAAUCAUAAUCCUUGUUGUAUAAAAAAGGCAAAGAAAAUAAGCAAUUGCUUUUGUAGUUUCAUGUGGGGAAAAGGAAAAAAAAAAAAAAAAGGAAUUUGGCCAGCACCAAAGUUAUAUACUACCAGCUUGUAGUCUACAACUCUAUAGAUAACUAAAAAGUUCAAGAAAAUUUUAUAGCUUAUUUACUAGUAGUGUAUACCCAACUAUUUGGUGAACAAGUAACACUUUUCUGUUUCUCUUUAUUUAUAUAUAUAUCUAUAUGUCCCAAUUUUGAUGUUAAAGGGCCUGGUAGCAAUUUUGUUCCAAUAAAAAUCCAAUCUUUGAGAAUUUUGAAUCAUCACAUUUGUUUUUUUUAUCAAAAGAAUUAUCAGGGGUUUGGUUUUUUUUGUUUGGAGAGUUGAGAAUUUUGAUGUUAGAGGGCAUUGUAGCAAUUUUGUUUCAAAAAAAAAAAAAAACAAUCUUUUUGAGAAUUUUGAUGUUAGAGGGGCCUGGUUUUAAUUUUGUUUCCAUAAAAAGCUUAGUCUGAAUCAUCACAUUUAGUUUUUUGUUAUCAAAAGAGUUACCAGGGGGUUUGUUUUGUACUUUGUUUCUUUGGAGAGUUGAGAAUUUUGAUGUUGGAGGGCUUUGUAGCAAUUUUUUUUCAAUAAAAAUCCAAUCUUUGAGAAUUUUGAUGUUAGAGGGGUCUAGUUUCAAUUUUGUUCCCAUAAAAACCUCUGUCUGAAUCAUCACAUUUGGUUCUUUUUUCAAAAGAAUUACUGGGGUUUGUUGGAGGCUUGAGAAUUUUGAUGUUGGAGGGCCUGGUUUCAAAUUUGUUUCCAUAAAAAGCUGAGUUUGAGUGAUCACAAGUGAGAUUUUUCUCAAAAUAAUUAUCUGGGGUUUGAGAAUUUUGAUGUUAGAAGGCCUGGUUUCAAGUUUAUAUCCCUAAAAACCUGUUCUUGAAAAUUUCGAUAUUAGAGGACCUGGUUUCAAAUUUGUUGCCAUAAAAAGCUGAUUUUGAAUCAUCACAUUUGGGGUUUGUCUUGUUUUAUUGGAGAAUUGAGAAUUUUGAUGUUGGAGGGCUUGGUUUGAAAUUAGUUGCCAUAAAAAUCCGUUCUUUUAGCGGUUUUGUGUUACAUAUUUAAACAAGAAUGGCUGCUGAUGGUGCAUUGUCUUUCUCCGUGGCGUCUGUGGUGGAAGAUGUUCUUCAGCAGCAUGGAAACCGGUCAAGAACUCUUGAUUUGGAUGCCCGUCGAGCAGAGGAAGCAGCAACGAGGAGGUACGAAGCAGCAGCAUGGCUGAGAAAGGUGGUGGGAUUUGUGGGAGCAAAAGAUUUACCAGCUGAGCCUUCUGAGGAAGACUUCAGGCUUGGCUUAAGGAGUGGAAUAAUUCUUUGCAAUGUACUUAACAAAAUGCAGCCUGGAGCUGUGCCCAAGGUUGUUGAAAGUCCGGUUGACUCUGCACUUAUUCCUGAUGGAGCAGCCUUGUCAGCAUACCAGUACUUUGAGAAUGUCCGUAAUUUUUUGGUUGCUGCGCAAGAGUUGGGGAUUCCUUCUUUUGAGGCAUCUGAUUUGGAACAGGGUGGAAAAUCAUCGAGGGUUGUCAACUGUGUUUUGGGACUUAAGGACUUCAGCGAAUGGAAGAAGACAGGUGGAACUGGAGUCUGGAAAUUUGGUGGGAAUGUAAAAUCCACAACAUCAGCAAAACAAUUUUUGCGCAAAAAUUCUGAGCCAUUCUCAAGUUCUCUAUCAAGAAGUAUGUCAAUAAAUGAGAAAUCUAUGAAUGGUGAAAUGUCUAGCUCUUCCUUAAGCAACCUUGUUCGUGCAAUUCUGAUUGAUAAGAAGCCUGAAGAAGUUCCCAAUCUUGUGGAGUCAGUGCUGAGUAAGGUUGUUGAGGAGUUCGAGCAGCGCAUUGCAAGCCAAAUUCAACUGAACAAAGCAACUCCAAAGGAAUCAAAAGUUUCUUGUGGUAACAAAUUUCUUCAGAAACAUUCUUCGGCCGGUACAAAGGUUGACCAAAGAAAUGUAACAAUAGUGAAAGAAGAGAAUCGCAUCGCCAAUGAGGAACUUAAAAGAAGACAAAUGAUACAAAACACAAUUGUUGACCAACAACAAAUAGACAUUAAGGACCUGAAGCAAACUCUUUUGACUACAAAAGCGGGCAUGCAGUUCAUGCAAAUGAAGUUUCAUGAGGAAAUGCACAAUAUUGGCAUGCACAUACAUGGCCUAGCACAUGCAGCUUCUGGUUAUCAUAGAGUUCUUGAAGAAAAUCGCAAGCUUUACAAUCAAGUGCAAGACCUUAAAGGAAGCAUAAGAGUAUAUUGUCGAGUAAGACCUUUUUUGCCCGGGCAAUCAAGUUAUAUCAGUAAUGUGGAUCAUAUAGACGACGGUAGCAUAACAAUAGGUGUUCCAUCAAAGAACGGGAAAGGACGCAAAUCUUUCAAUUUCAAUAAAGUAUUUGGACCCUCCGCAACUCAAGGAGAGGUGUUUUCGGACACGCAACAACUGAUUAGAUCAGUUCUGGAUGGGUACAAUGUGUGCAUUUUUGCUUAUGGUCAAACGGGAUCAGGAAAAACCUUCACAAUGUCGGGGCCUAAGGAUCUCACAGAACAAAGUCGAGGGGUAAACUACAGGGCGUUAGGCGAUUUAUUCCUUCUUGCAGAGCAAAGAAAGGAUACCUUCCUCUAUGAUGUGUCUGUGCAAAUGAUUGAGAUAUAUAACGAGCAAGUUAGGGAUCUCCUUGUUUCUGAUGGUGUACACAAAAGAUUAGAAAUUCGUAGUGCUUCUCAAGGACUAUCAGUACCAGAUGCAAGCCUGGUUCGUGUGACUUCAACUUCCGACGUCAUUGAUUUGAUGAAUCUUGGGCAAAAAAAUCGUGCAGUGAGUGCAACAGCGCUCAAUGACCGCAGUAGCCGCUCUCACAGCUGCCUAACCGUUCAUGUCCAAGGAAGAGACUUGACUUCUGGAGCUAUUCUCCGCGGUUGUAUGCAUUUGGUUGAUCUUGCUGGAAGUGAGAGAGUAGACAAAUCUGAAGUAACGGGAGAUAGACUUAAAGAGGCACAACACAUUAACAAGUCUCUCUCGGCUUUAGGUGAUGUAAUCUCUGCCUUGGCACAAAAGAAUGCACACGUUCCAUAUCGUAACAGCAAACUUACACAACUCCUCCAAGACUCACUAGGUGGGCAAGCCAAAACAUUGAUGUUUGUUCACAUAAGUCCUGAACCUGAUGCUGUAGGAGAAACAAUUAGCACACUUAAAUUCGCAGAACGUGUUUCUACUGUUGAACUUGGUGCUGCCCGAGUAAAUAAAGACACUACAGAUGUCAAAGAGCUCAAAGAACAGAUUGCUAGUCUUAAAGCUGCCUUGGCAAGAAAAGAAACGGAAUCGGUCUCCAUGAGUCAUAAGGUAACUAGCAGUCCAUGUGGUUUGCAGUCAUCACCUCUUCAAUCUAAUCCACAAGGGAGAGAAAUGUUGGGGGAUUCAAACAUCCAGAGGAGAGCAAUGGAGGAUGUAGGCAACAGAGAGGUCUCUAGUAAUUCUGCAUUCAGCAGACAAAAGAGGCAAAGUUUUGAUCUUGAUGAGUUAUUAGGAAAUUCCUCUCCCUGGCCACCUGUCAGCAGUCCUUCCGAAAACUAUGUAGAAGAUGAUAAUAACAUGAGCUCGGGUGAGUGGGUAGAUAAGGUCAUGGUGAAUAAACAGGACCAUGCACGUGGAUUUGGAAACUUGUUUGGAUGUUGGGAAUCCGAAAAAGGCAAUGGUUCUGAUGUACUUUAUGAAAAAUAUCUUUCAGAUUCAUCUAAAGUAUACCAAGAAAAAUCAAGUAACCUUUUCCAAAUGAGCAACCACUUUGACAUCACUACUACUGAAGAUUUAGAUGAGUUUGAUGCCACUACCAGUGAUUCAUCUGAGCCGGAUUUGCUUUGGCAAUUCAAUAAUUCAAAAGUUAACACUUUCCCUAGUGUUGGGAAUGGCUCAAAGAUACAGAGACCAAAUACAAAGCUGAGAAAGAGCCCAGAAUCAAGGAAUACGGUUCAUAAAGUUGGUCCUCCGCUAUCGCGACAGACAAGUGGAAUUGGCCAAAAUCAGCGGAAUGGCAGGCAGGCCAUGCCAGCUGAAAUGAAGCGUAAAGCUGGGAGCAGGAAAUAGGGGAACAUUUCUUUAAGAGUUUCUAAUUCUUUUGUUAUCAUUUUUUUAAUAUUUUGAGUCCAUAGUGUGGGAGAGUGAAUGAGAGUGGUUUUGCAUUAUUUUUUUCCAUAGAGUUUCUUCUUCAUCCUAUUUGAUUUUUCUCAUCAAAGUUUGUAUCUUUACUUGUGCAAAUGAGGCAAUUAUUCCGGUUGCUUGUAAUUUUGUAUCAUUGUAAGUUUGUAAAUUUUUUAUUGUUGGAUAGCUUUGUAGUUAGCAGAGUGUGACGAUCCUCGAACGUUGUUGUUCCGUUUGAUAGUAUGUAGCUCUUUGAGGAUUUGACUUUGUAAAUUUUGCACAUAUAUACAAUUAAAGAGUGAGCAUUGAAAAA